AUGGGUCGUAUGCAUUCAAACGGUAAAGGUAUCAGUGGUUCUUCAUUACCAUACAACAGAAAACCACAUGCUUGGACUAAACCAACUGCCUCAGAAGUCUGUGAAACUGUCUGCAAAUUAGCCAAGAGAGGUUAUACUCCAUCCAAAAUUGGUUCAUCUUUAAGAGAUUCAUUAGGUGUAGCCCAAGUUAAAAACGUCACCGGUAGCAAAAUCUUACGUAUCUUAAAGGUUAACGGUCUCGCCCCAACCAUCCCAGAAGAUUUAUACCAUUUAAUCAAAAAAGCCGUCACCAUCAACAAACAUUUACAAAGAGCCCGUAAAGAUUACGAUGGUAAAUUCCAUUUACGUUUAGUUGAAUCUCGUAUCCACAGAUUAACUCGUCCAUACAGAAAGAACGGUACUUUAGCUCCAAACUGGAAAUACGAAUCUAACAACGCUUCAACUUUAGUUGCUUAA